GCGGGUCGGCGGGUCAGUUUUUUUUCAGUUACUUGUGCAAUACUUGUGCCAGGUGCCAGAGUGGUCUUGUGCAGUGUUGUGCAAUAUUCGUAGUGCAUGGUGCUUCAAUGUUUUCAAUGCUAUAUAUUUUUUGAUAUUCUGAGUGAAUUGAAUAUAAAAUGUCGAGAACAAGAGAAGAGAUAGAAAUAGAAGAAUUGCGAAUGGAAGCCAAGAUUCUAUCUGAACUGUUGGCGCAGCAAGAUGAAGAACUGAAAAAGAGAAAUGAAAAUGAAGCGUAUAUUAAUCAACUGCAGGAGAAUAUAGAUGCAAGUUUACUUUUAUCACUCCUUGAUUAUUAUCAUACUGUAUUGGAGUCAUUCAGAAAACAAGUGUUGAUAAAAUGUGUUCCUGAAAAUCAUCAGUUUGAAAUAAAGGAAGCAUAUCAAAUAUUUUUCUCCAAUCCUCCUGUCGCCCUAUCUGCAUUGUCCGCGGCUAUUCGAUCUCGAUUAUGUGAAUCGAAAAUUGAUGUUGAAGAUGCGAUCACAAGAAUGUGUGACUUGAAAGUUAGAUAUUGGAAGCUUUUAAAUUCCGUUGAUAUGUUCGGUGCAUUGGAGAAUCGCCGUGCCCCUCUAUUACGUUAUCCGCAAAACCUGGAAAUCGACCAUAAGGAUGGAGAAAUAGUGUUCAUUGUGAAAUCUAUUUCCACAAGUUCCGAUUUCGAAGGAGUUGGUAUGCGAUUGUCAGCGUAUUGAAUAGUGAUGUGCUAGUGAUGUGUGUUUUACAGCAAGUAGAACCCUUCCAGUGCUUGCUGCUUGAAUAUUUGACUUGUCGUACCAGUCGUACUCGCCUUGAGAGUUGAGAGUUGUUGAAAAAUUAUUCGCUCCCAACUUCCAAGUUCUGUUGUAUAUAUAUUGUUCAUUUUAGUUUUUACUUUUUAUUUUCCGCAUAAGCAAAUGUUCAUAUUUUGAAAUUUAAAAAAUGCUUCUGAAAUUGACUGCAAAAUAUAAAAUGUUUGUAUAAUUGUAUAUAAUAUAGAUAACUUUGAUUAGUUUGAUUUGAUUUUUGAAGUUUUGAAGUUGUUGAACUUUUGAGUUUUGAUUUUGAUUGAGUAAAAUAUUGAAUAUUGUGAAAUGAAUUUUUUAUGGUACCAUUAAGAAAUGGGGUCCUUGCUAGUUGCACUUGCACCUUGAUGAGAUUUAUAAGUUCUGCUUCGUGUCAAAGUUGAAAGUUCAACUUGAGUUGAAAUUGAAUGUGUCGUUAAUAAUUAAUUAUAAUUAUAAUUAAAUUAAAAUUAAUUCAAUAAUAAUUCGCUAUAAAUACGUCGACCAUAUUAAAUAAAAAAUAAAAUACAACAGAUUGAAAAAAAAAUAAAAAUACAUUACUCCGGUUAAAAUGCUGCCGGAAAAAUUUUGUCGUAAAGCCUAAAACGAAGAAAAGUGUUCCUCGAUUUUUCAUCUGUGACUUUGUGGUUUUUGUGCGUUUGUGCAACAAAACAAAAUUUGAAUUUUUGAAUAUUUUUGAAAAACUUUCUCAGUUUUCCGUUUGAUAAAAUUAAUAUUAUUCAGAAUACUUAUCGUAUUCGUAACGUUUUGAUAUCUACUCGAAUCCAAGUGCUUUCAAAAUUGGCAGAAGAAGAAGCAUGAAUCCGUAAGCAACUCAGAGCGUUGGAUUGUCCAUGUUGAGUGAUCGCCGUCAUUCGUUACGAUGUAUCAAUUAAAUAUAUCGACUUUCGAUAACAUCGAAGACAGUUCUUUCAAUUCUUACAAUUUGCAAGCUAUCAAGACAUCUAUUCGUAAAUUCUCCGUAGAGUGUGGUCUCAGAGGAUUAUACAAAACUAAAAAAUGGCUGGCAGAGUUGAACUAUUCUUUGGAUAAUGUUACCGCUGACGAAACCGUUACAGAAGUAGAAAUAGAUGCCGAAGGAUACGAAACGUUUUUAAUGGCGAAUUGCCUAUUUCCUCUUCACGAAUAUGCUCGUGGCUCGUAUUUCGUUAAAUCUGUCAACACCGAACGUUCGACGUUUUUAAACUUUUAUUGCAUGUUUAAAAUGCUGGAACAAAACAAACCGAUGGAUUUCACCGAUAUGAAUACGACAACCAAAUGGGAUUAUUUUUCGUGUCUUAAAAAGCUAAACGAAAUGUUACAAAACCAUCUAAGCGAGAAUAUUCGAGAUGGGUUCACUUAUUACUUGAAAGGUUUAGUAUCGGUGAAAUUGGGUAGUCGGAAUGCGGCGAUGGAUUGUUUUUGUAAAGCUGUGCAUCAUUUACCUUUACUGUGGGAAGCUUGGGACGAGCUUUCUAAUCUAGUUAACGAUAGAAUUACCUUAUCGAAACUGAAUCUGAGAUCUCAUUGGAUGAAAGAGUUUUUUCUUAGUCAAACGUACGCUAAAAUACAACGAAAUGACGAAGCACUGAAUACGUUGUGGGCUUUACACGAUAAUGGAUUUUCAAAAAGUCAUUUUUUACUUUCUCGUAUCGCUGCUGUGUAUCAUAACAGAAGAGAUGUUGGUGAAGCAUUGAACCUAUUCAAACGUAUGCAAUCGGAGGAUCCUUACAGAAUCGAAGAUCUAGAUACAUACUCGAAUUUACUUUACGUUAGUGAUAUGAAAAAAGAACUAGCUCACUUGGCUCAUCAUGUAUUCUCGAUAAAUAGAUAUACAGCUCAAGCAUGCUGCGUUGUUGGUAAUUACUUCAGUAUGCGUGGAGAUCAUGCUAAAUCAGCCGCCUAUUUUCAAAGAGCAGUUAAACUGAAUUCAAAUUACAUGUCAGCUUUGAUUUUACGAGGUCACGAGUUCAUGGAGAUGAAAAAUACUCGAGGUGCCAUCACCAGUUACAGAGAUGCUGUUGCCAUGAAUCCUCAAGACUACCGAGCGUGGUACGGUUUCGGUCAAACGUACGAAAUAUUGAAAAUGCCAUUUUAUUCGUUGCACUACUACAAGCGAGCCCAGCUCAUCAGACCCGACGAUAGUUUAAUGCUCAUCGCCUUAGGUGAAGUUUUUGAGAAACUUAAUCGUUUCGGCGAAGCUAUGAGAUGCUAUAAAAGAGCUCGAAAUGUCGGCGAUAUCGAUAGUCUAGCUUUAUCAGGAUUAGCUAGAUUGUUUACCGAGUUAAACGAGGAAGAGGAAGCAGCCGGUGCUUAUAAGCAAUUGGUUAAAGAAGGCAGUGCAUUUAAUAAAGAGUACGCCGAUGCUCAUCGAUAUCUUGCCUAUCAUCACUUGAAGUUAUCUCAGUUCCAUUUAGCGUUCCAGUUCGCUCAAUUGUGUUUGAAUUUCGAAGAAACGAAAGAAGAAGGUAAAGCUUUAUUAAAAGAGAUAGCUACCAGGAGAGAGUUAGAAGAAUGUAAGAAUUUCGAUACUCAAUCAGUCAGCAAUAAUUUAUUCCAAAUUUAAUUGGGGUAGUUCUCGUUUUCGCGAUAGACGAAUAAUUAAUGAUAGAAAAACGAAAAAAACAUUUAUUACGAAAUUAUUUACAACGUGUGCAUUCUACACGAGAUGACAAUUGCAUUCAGAUUAAUUUUUACCAGUGAGUAACGCUAUCAAAGCUGCUUUCUCUUUUUCCUUCUUUUUAACGCUAUCUAAAUUACGAUUCUUCCACGUACUUUUCCUUAAUUUGAUCGGACGGCUUCCGACGUAUCGACCUUCAACAGAAAUGAGGUGAUUAGUAAAAGAAAAAAAGAAACUAAAUUCGUAAUUAUUUUUAAAUGAAUUUUACCAUUCAUUUCUUUAGAAGCUUUGAUGAAAUCUUGCGGGUCUUUGAAAGAUAUAAAUCCAAAUCCUUUGGUUUUAUUCGUACGUUUAUCGCGGACUACUCGAGCCUUCGUAAAAGAAGGAUACCUGCUGAAUAUCCUAGUCAAUAAUUCGUCGGUUACGUCAUUUCCUAAAUCGCCGCAAAAUAAUCUAAAAUCACCUACGUAAACAAAUACAGAGGUUAGAAGAGAUGAAAUUGAACGACGACGAAUAAACAACGAGAAUAAAUUACCAUCUUCCCAUUCGCUUAGUGUAGGAUCUUCCCAAGUUUGUCCACCGGACACCCUGAUGAAUUUUUUCUGUUUUUUACUUUUCUUUACCGGAUCGUAAGGUGAAAUACUAGGUAGAGCGUAUUGCUUGCCGUCUUUCUUGAUGUAAUCCGGUUUAUUCGGGUCAUUUUUUUUCUUAUACUCGGUAGGUUUCGAAUAAUCGUAAUUGGUACUAGAAGGGACCGGAAUUGUGUAAUCGUACGUUUCAAUUUUAGGAGCGUAAAGCUUGGGAGUAGCGCUGUAAUCACACAAGAUUCAUUACAGUUAAUAUCAAAAUUAAUUUGAAUUAAAAUGUGACUUAAAGAACGAGUAUGAAAGAUAAUAACCUCAACACAACUUUGGGAGUACCAUCUGCAUUCGUCUCGGGCUUAUUUUCAGGUACCGCAGGCGCAGCAGCAGCUGCUGUAGUACUUCUAGGGAAAAAAGACGGAUCAGGUCGAUGUGUUGGAGGAUUAGAUACAGCAGGCGCAGUUGAGGUCGGUCUAUUAAUCGUUUCCGGUCUCAUGAUCAUUGGAGCUGCGAAAGAUGGCGGUUGAGGCGGCGGUGGUAUCGGCUGAUUGUAGGGAUUCACAUUACUCGGGUAAGCUGGAUUCACGGAUCCUGAAAGAGGAAAAGAAUACAUCGUGAUUAGAAAUGAAACUUGGGCGAAACGUACAGAUUAUGUAAUGGUUGAAAAUUGAACGAAUCUGUACCUUGAGCUGGCAUCGUUUGUGGCCGAUUCAACACUUGAUUCGGUACAAACAUGGUAGUUUCGGGACCUUGCAUAAGGUUUUGUUGAGCUUGAUUAAAGGUAUUUGUACGAAUCACGUACUGCGGAUUGGCAGCAGUACGAGGGUCCAUUUUGGGUGGAAUGUAAGGCAUUCCUAUCUCUUCCUCGAACCUGAACGAAUAAUUAUGAUUAACGUUGCGUUUCGAUUAGAGUGAAGUGUAUAAUAGUAGACUUACCUCGUCAUCUCAUCGACCAUUGUUUGCAUUUUAUUAUCGCUGAAGUCCCCCAUGAUUGAAGUUCGACUUUCAACUUGGGGGUGAAAACUAACGAGUGAAAAUGUUGAAAUGGACCUGAACUGGAAUGUAUUUGAUUAGAUUUUCUGGCGAACUAAUAAGUUGAGUUGAAAUACAACAAUACGAAUUAAAUAUUAAACGAUGAACAAGGAAUAAUUACAACGAUAGGAAAAUGUCGAAAACAGUGGAAAA